AUGAAGACAGCCUUUGCAUUAGGUCUAUUAUUCUAUUCAAGUGCCUUUGCCUUGCAGAAUUACUGUAAUUCGGGUUAUAAGCCGAUCGGAGACAAGUCUUUGGUACUUGAUUUAUCCAAACUAAACCAAGAAUUUACACUCUAUCAGAAUACAAGUACACCCCCUUCAACCCGAUCAGUCAUCACUCAGAUAAAUAUGUGUGAUGCUCUUCCAAUUUCUAAAGAAAGCCAAUUUCAAUGCAAAAAGGGGACAUACAUUUGUCAAAAGGUUGUUUAUAAUCAAGAUAACAAAGACUUUGUAGCCGAAGUACACACCAUUGCUGGCGAUUUUGAAAAAUCAAAGCUUGAUGCCGAGUUUAAACCCGUAAAAUCUGAAGCAGACAGUACAAAGAAUGGAUACCAAUAUUCCUUGGCUUUAUCUGGUGGUGAUAAUGGUCAGAGCGCGCUUAUCACAUUAGAAUGUGAUACAUCUCAAUCUCGUGAGGAUAAGCCUACAGAACCAACUAUUGUCUCUUUCCAUAAUAACGUAUUGACACUUCAAUGGAAAACCGUAUUUGCAUGCGCUACAGAACCUCAGGAAAAGAAACCUGAUGAUGGUGGUCAUCAAGGAGGAAAUGAAGAACCAAAGAAGGAAGGCAUGUCUGGUAUUCGCAUCUUCUUUACAAUUAUAUUUGUCUUGCUUGCUGUUUACUUUAUUGGUGGUGCGUUCUACAACUAUAGAGUGUAUAAUGCCCGAGGCUUGGAUCUUAUUCCUCAUAGAGAGUUCUGGCUUGAUCUACCUUAUCUUAUUAGGGACUUGAUCGCACAUAUCAUUGAUUCCAUCAUGUCUCGUCGUCGUGGAGGUGGAGGCUAUGUUGCUGUAUAA